AUGGAACAAGUCGAACAAGUACAGUCUUCACAAAUAUCUAAUAUGCAUUUAGAAAAUUUUUUACCUUCAAGUUAUAAUUAUUUAAUUCAAGAAUUUUCUGAGAAACAAAUGAAGCCUCCUUACAGCGUAGAACAAAACGGUCAACGAAGGUUCUUACUAAACUCCCUGCUCAGACACGCACAAACACUUGUCCACAAAAAACGAAUCUUUCUUAACCAAAUGCUCCCGACUUCCAUAAAUUUUUACAAAGUUACUCCAGUCCAAGAAUGGACAAUUACCAACAUAAUUAAAUAUUAUCGUAAAGAGUUGAAUAUACAACUUGAGCUAUCUAAAAUUCUGGACGACAUAAAGAAAAAUCUUUACAAUGUGGCAGAUGUUAAGUUUGGUUUAGACGACACGCGUAGAAUAAAAGCUCGAGAGCUUAUCAAUACUUGGAAGCCCGAACUUCUUUUUAUUCCUUUGGGAGGAACUGAAACUAUUGGUUUACAGUGGGAACCUCAACUAUUCGUUGAGUGUGGUGGGCUAUUUGCCCAAACUCCCAUUGCGAAGAAAGCAUCUAAGACGAAUAGAGUACGCAAAAAGAUUGGAGUUGUGCGAGUUAAGCAACAGCUUAACGCGAAAAAUAUAAAAGAAUUUAUCUUGUUUGCCUUUACAAUUACUGUAGAUUUGAUAUACAAAUAA